AUGAUCGCAACCGUCUAACACAUCUUUGUUGUUCCGUUCUCGGUCGAGGAGAAUUUCUAUUUGCUUAAAAAGGCGUUAUUCAUUGUAGCAUAAUUCAUUCGGAUAUCAACAAAAUGGCGUUUCGCCGAUGUGUACAUGUAUGUUCAGUGAUAUUCGCGUUAAGCCAAAUGGUUGUCCUCUCCAUAUUGUUCAAUAAACACGAGAAUUUUCGUAUUAUCAAGCAUCGUCGUGUGAAAUUAGUUAGCUCACACAGGUCCAGACUUUUAAAUGCACCGGUUAUCAGGAACAUAGAAGAGCAGGAGGCUGUUAAUUCACAUACGAACAUGCGUUCACCGUCUGAUGUAUUUGGGAGAGACAAAAACAAGCAGUACCUUGACAAAGGAUUAUUAAUUGAAGAUCUGCACAUGGCAGAACAAGGUGUAAGUAAAAGUAGGAAUUAUGGUGGCGGUAGUUUGUUUGAUCACCUUAGAUCUUCACUGAUGGGGUUAAGUGACGAUACCGUUGAGGAAGAGGACAACACUAUUAACCUUCCUCGGUUACUUUUUAGGAACGUACCACCGGUAACCUCUCCAAAGCUCACUAUCCUUCUGGCCCAGUGGCGGUUUGGUUCAAGUAUAGUUGGCGAACUCUUCAAUCAGAACCUGGAUGCAUUCUAUUUAUUUGAACCCCUGUGGACUCUCAAUAGGUUAAAGUCUGUGUGGAGACAACCUGAAAGAUAUACAAGGCCAUCGACAAGGGACGUGUCCCGUCAGAUCCUUCGCGAAUUGGCGCAUUGUAAGUUCAAUAGCGACUUUGUCUGGACGUACAGCGAAUGGCACCCUUUCCAAAACAGAGCCAUAUGUAACCUUAGCCCAGAGUGUCUGUUAUCCGGUGAACAGUGGUUUGAGAACUUCUGCAGGACUUCCAGAGAAAAUAUUGCCACAAAAAUAAUUCGUGUUGAUCUCGAGGAUUUAAGACCCCUCGUUGAAAUGGACGACAUUGACCUGAGGAUCAUCCAUCUGGUGCGGGAUCCUCGAGCAGCAGCUGCGUCUAGGAUCGAUUAUAUCACUGAGAGGUACCAACCAGAUCAGCAAUAUUUCAGAGGCACUGGGAGACUGAAACCGCUCGGUCUCCUGGACACAGUCCCCGAUGCGCUCAUGUACAUUCAGGAGAUGAGAGAAAACAAUCCAACUGCUCGUGGAAUGUGCAAAUGGAUUGAAAGAAAUGCAAAGACCUCGAGAAAUCAUUUGCCAGAAUGGUUGCAAGGACACUACAAACUUAUCAGGUAUGAAGACUUUGCUGUGGAACCUGUAAAUAUCUCGAAAGAGAUCUACGAGUUUAUAGGAUUGCCAUUUCCAAAAUACCUUGAACAUUGGAUUGAGGCGAACACCAAUGCUAUUUACAGGGAUGGUGAUAUCUUUUCAAAUCGAAGAAAUUCUCUUGAAGCAGCCACUCAUUGGAUUGUUGAUCUUUCUGAAUUAGAAAUAAGACAGAUUGAAAAGGAGUGCAGAGCUGCCUUAAAACUUCUUGACUAUAAGCUAUACGAUGAACUUAAAUACACGUUAUAACAUGUAACUUGCCAGGUAUGUAGUUGGAUAAUGGAUUUUCUUACAAGGAUGAUGUUGAGAAUCGUGUGCUGCCCUCUUGUACAAUGUGUACUGGGUAAAUACUGAGAAAACAUGUGCAAAUCUAUUUAUUAUUCAUGGUUUGAACGAUACAUACCAAUUGUGGUAAUGGUUUCAAAAUGAGUUCUUACGGAAUCCAAUAAAAUGACCUGCCAGGUGUCUCUUUGUGCCAAAGGAUUCUGGAAAAAAUUGUCUAGUUACCGACAAAAUUAGCAAAAUAAAAAUGGGAUCCAAGCAAAGUGUCUGUUAUUUUUCCAAGCAAUUUUAAUACACUGCCCCCACGUGUGUUUAUCUGUUUUUACAAUCUACAGUGUAAUCGUUUUAUAUUCUAUGGUUUCACAAAGUUCAACUUAUGUAUAACUCUACCAAAUCUAGAUAUACAAUGUAAAAGUGGCAACUGAUCUUGGUUUCACAGACUUUCUCUUGAAAUUAGUGUUUUCUCCAACUACUUUCAUUUAUCUGUAUUUCUUGUUUAGUAUUUAUUUCUAGACCCAAAAUUAUUUUGAAUGAGAUUCGUGUUUCUCUUCGACUCACUUUUUUCUUAUUCUAAAUGAUGCCCUAAUUACCGACCUUAAACAUUAUCAAACACAAAUUAAUUGAUGAAUCAGUAUUGUGUGGGUGUGGGUGUGCGUGAGGCUGUGUGUGCCGUUAUGUUGUGUGUGUGUGUAGUGGAAAGUGUCGAGCUUCAAUUGGAUAUAUAAUUUUCAUACAUGAUAACAAGAGAUAACCAGUAAAUAUAAUGCCAUACAAAGUAAAUAUAUGAGCUAUUAUAUUAAAAAGUAUUAGAUUACCUUGCGUGUGAAAGAAAAACAUUGCUACGAUUAGAUUUCUGUGCAUUAUAUAAACGAAAAUAUGUAAAAACUUUAUCACCAUGAUAAUGUAUUUUUACAUAGAGAAUCUGAAUAGGUAUAUGGAAGUACCAUUUUGUAUACAUUAGUGUUCUUAUGUAUGACUACUUUAAAUUCUAUGUGGCACGUUGAACCAUAACAUAUGGGGAAAAUAAUUCGUAUUUUUAUGUACUUUUCUAAUGCAAAUAGUGAAAAAUUGAAUGAUAUACAUAUAUGACUCUCAUCGAUUAUUUUUUUGUGACAAAGCUUUGGAAAAGCGUUUAUUUAUAUUGUCGAAUUUCAUAUUUGUAUUUAUUUCUGGACAAUGCAUAUCACUUUAUAACCUUUGAUCAAAUGCGUUUAUCUUUUCCAGAAAAUAAAAUCUUCGCUCGAACUUUAAACUUCACUUUUCUUUAUAAUAGAAUUCAUGCCCUAUAGACGGUCAAUAUAUGGUUUGACCCGGAACAAAUUGCAACAAAUUAUUUUUCAACUGUUUUGGCAGUAUUUGACCUCAGGAUUAACAUACUAAAAAUCUAUCAAAAUCCGCAUACGGGAAAGUAGUUAUUUCAAGAUGGCGUCCAAGAUGGCCGCCAUUCACUGAAAAUGGAUAUAACUCACUCAUUAUCCACCCUAGAAUCCUACUUCGUUUCAUAUUCCACGGUCCAGUGGGUAAACAAAUUUAUUGAUACAAGUUAGAGUAAAUUUUAGCACUCCAGGGUACCAGGAAAAUCCAAGAUGGCGCCCAAAAUGGCUGCC